AGUUGUCUAUCCUAAGGUCACCUUUCAUUUGCGCUUGCAUUCAGAGUAGUCCUUGAGCUCGCUUGUCUAACAAAAUGAAAUUCUUCAUCCUGCUGGCCCUGUUCGGUGCUGCCUUCGGGCAGAACCUGCGCGCUGAGGUCGAUCAGCUGCUCCCCUUCCUGAACAUGGAUGAGGUGCGUACGAUCUACCAACGCUACGUGCAGACCGACGCCCAGGUCGGCGAGAUCUGGAGCUUCCUGCAGUCGGAUGAGACCGAUGCUGCCUGGCGCGUGCUGAUCAGCACCCCGGAGCUGCAGGAGAUCAGCGCCUGGACCGAGGUCCGUGGCGUGAGCAUCCGCGACUACCUGAACGGCAUCGCCGCCAUGCUCGGUCUGACCCCGAUCACCCGCUCGGUCAACGCCAAGUCGCCGGCCUCCCGCUCGUGGAACGCCAUGAUGGACGAGAUCCGUGCCGUCACCGAUCUGCCUGGAGCCGAGGCUCUGGCCCGCACCUUCAUCGCCAACCCAGCCAGCGAGUUCGGAGAGCUGUACCGCAUGACCCAGGCCCGUCGUGCCGGAUUCACCGCCGUCAUCCAGCACCCGGACGUCACCCGUUUCUCCGCUCAGCUGCGCGCCUUCGGCGUCGACGUUGAUCAGAUCAUCAGCCGCUUCCAGGCUUUCUUCGGCUGGAACUAAGGCGUUGUCUGUAGGCUGUCGAAUAAAUGUUGUUAUGUGAU